UCUAUUUCCCACUCCACACUACAAACUUCACAAAAAACCCAUCUUCUCCAUUCUUAUGCCAAUGGCUCCCUCACCAAUCUCUUCUCUUUCAAUCUUCUUCCUCAUUUUCCUUCCUUCAAUCUCCGCCGAUUACGGCCACGCCACCUUCUAUGGCGGCGGUGACGCUUCCGGCACAAUGGGUGGUGCUUGUGGGUAUGGGAAUUUGUACAGUCAAGGAUAUGGAACGAACACGGCGGCGCUCAGUACUGCUCUGUUCAACAAUGGCCUCAGCUGUGGGUCCUGCUAUGAAAUUUCUUGCAACAGUGAUCCUAAAUGGUGUCUUCCUGGAAAAAUCAUCGUCACUGCCACUAAUUUCUGUCCACCAAACUUUGCUCUGUCCAACGACAAUGGUGGCUGGUGCAACCCUCCUCUGCAACACUUCGAUUUGGCUGAGCCUGCUUUUCUCCAAAUCGCUCAGUACCGUGCUGGCAUCGUCCCUGUUUCCUUCCAAAGAGUACCAUGUAUGAAGAAGGGAGGAAUAAGAUUCACCAUAAACGGACAUUCAUAUUUCAACUUGGUUCUGAUCACCAACGUGGGCGGCGCCGGCGACGUCCACUCUGUGUCAAUCAAAGGUUCCAAAACAGGGUGGCAAGCAAUGUCCAGAAAUUGGGGACAGAAUUGGCAGAGCAACAAUUACUUAAACGGACAGAGCCUCUCUUUCCAAGUCACCACCAGCGACGGCCGUACCGUCACUAGCUACGACGCUGUUCCGGCCAACUGGCAGUUCGGGCAGACAUUCGAAGGAGGCCAAUUCUAAAAUAAAAGUUUAGAGAGGGUAUGACAGGGUAGAGUAGGAAGAUCUCCGGCCGCCCGUCACGGUGGCCGGUUAUUGCAGUGGUGGUUGACUUACACCCGCUAGGUCUUUGGGAUUUCAAAAAAUACAUAUAUAAAUAUAUUAAAAAAAAACAUAUAUUUAUAUGAUAUAUAUAUAUAUAUAUAUAGGAAAAUACUGUGUGUAGAAGAAAAAUGGUUCAAGGAAGAAGGAGUUUUGGGUUUUAGGGAAAGAAAAAAUGUCUCAUUCCCAUUGGCUAUCUUUAGAAAAGAAUUGUUGAUUUAGUCCUCUCAAUUUAUUAAUAUGAGGGCAUUGUAUUACUGUUUUUCCCCCCUUAGAAAUUAAGGUUUAAAUUGAAAUUUUUAUUUUCUCCA